ACCGCGACGAUGACGGCACGCACAGCUCUUGUCACGGGCGGCAGCGGCUACAUCGGCCUGCAUGUCGUCAACAGCCUGCUGGAGGCCGGGUGGACCGUCCAUACCACGGUCCGCAGCCUGCGAAAUGAGACGAAGACCCGGCCCCUGAAUUCGCUCGCGGACAAGCACCCGGGCAAGUUGCGGCUCUUUGAGGCCGACCUGCUUGUCGCGGACUCCUUCACCGAGGCAAUGCAGGGUUGCUCCACUGUUAUCCACGUCGCCUCGCCGUUUCUGGUCCCGGAGCGAGUGAAGAACCCGGAAACUGAGCUCAUCCGACCGGCGCUGGAGGGGACCCGCAAUGUCCUCGGGUCUGUCAACAAGACUGAGAGCGUGAAGAGGGUCGUUCUGACCUCAUCCGGUGCGUGGCUAAUGCAAAUCCAAGUCGUCGGUUGCUAUACACUGCACACUUUGCCACGUACUUUAGUCGGUGCUAUGUAUGGGGACGCCGCCGACGUUCUGCAGUCGGAAAAGGCGACGCUGCAUGAGGGCUGCUGGAACACCACGAGCAGCCCCUCGCACAACGCGUACCAGCAUUCCAAGACGCUGGCCGAAAGGGAAGCUUGGAAGAUGGCCGAGGCCCAGAACCGCUGGAAUCUGGUGGUCAUCUGCCCGGGGCUCGUCUUAGGCCCCUCGCUCUCUCCGGCUUCGGACUCGGGCAGUCUCGCGCUCAUCGACCAGCUGCUCAGCGGCUUGCUGAUGGUUGGCGUGCCCGCCCUGUCGUGGGCGCUGGUGGACGUGCGGGAUGUGGCGGCGGCGCAUGUCAGGGCCGGCGAGGUGCCCGAGGCGAAAGGGAGGUACAUCGUUGCAGAGAGCAAGACGACCUCGUGUCUGGAGCUGUCCAAGUCGUUUAAGCAAGUCCAUAGCAAGCCGAGGGUCCUGCCCACGUGGAACUUGCCGGCGUUGGUGUUUCGUCUCUUUGCGCCGUUUGCUGGCCUGUCGCAGGCUUGGGUGACGGCGAACUGGGGGAUCGGGUUCUCGCUGGAUAAUUCGCGCGGUAUCAAGGAGCUUGGGAUUACGUACAGACCGGUUGAGGAAAUGCUAAAGGACCAUUACCAGUCCUGGGCGGCUCAACACCAGGGGUAG